CCGCGACGGAGGCGCGCUUCAGGGCGCAGGCGCGGGGAGGGGGUGGGGGAGGAGGGAAAGCGGCGAGUAAGAUGGAAGAUGAGGAGGUCGCUGAGAGCUGGGAGGAGGCGGCAGACAGCGGGGAAAUAGACAGACGGUUGGAAAAAAAACUGAAGAUCACACAAAAGGAGAGCAGGAAAUCCAAAUCUCCUCCCAAAGUGCCCAUUGUGAUUCAGGACGAUAGCCUUCCCACGGGGCCCCCUCCACAGAUCCGCAUCCUCAAGAGGCCCACCAGCAAUGGUGUGGUCAGCAGCCCCAACUCCACCAGCAGGCCAGCCCUUCCUGUCAAGUCCCUAGCGCAGCGUGAGGCGGAGUACGCCGAGGCCCGGAAGCGGAUCCUGGGCAGCGCCAGCCCCGAGGAGGAACAAGAGAAACCCAUCCUCGACAGGCCAACCAGGAUCUCCCAACCUGAGGACAGCAGGCAGCCCAAUAAUGUGAUCAGACAGCCUUUGGGUCCAGAUGGGUCACAGGGCUUCAAACAGCGCAGAUAAAUGCGUGCGGGAAAGGAUGCCGCUGCCGCCGCCGCCGCCUCUUGGGUCGUCCGCCACGGGUCGCACUGCUGUGGCAGACAGCUGGACUUGAGCAGAGGGAACGACCUGACUUACUUGCACUGUGAUCCCCUUUGCUCCGCCCACUGUGACCUUGAACCCCAUGCACUGUGACCUCCCUCCUUCCCCCCCCCUUCCCACUGUGAUUGGCACGUCUACAAGGGCUGUCCCAAGUCAAUGGAAAGGGAAAGGGUGGGGGUCAGGGGAGGGUUGGGGGGACCCACGAAGGACUCGGAGAGGCAGACAGUGCCACUUGGCCACUUGGGGUAAAGCCGGUGCCAGCAAUAACAGUUUAUCAUGCUCAUUAAUUUGGGAUUUCAAAACACAGAUGAGAAUUCCCGUCCACCCACCUGCAAGUGCAUGUCUUCAUCACUUAAAAGCAAGUUCCAUUUGAAAAUAUCCUUUCUUUUUUUUUCUCCUUCCUAUUUUUGUUUGUUUAUACAAAUACCUGAUUUGCAAGGAAAAGUGCACGGGAGGAGGGGUUUUAGCAGUUUAAUGAAUUUUUAAUUGAGAAAGGGUAGUUUGGUAGUCUACUUAAAAAUGUUUCUGGGAAAUUCACUAGAAACAUUAACCAAUAGGACUUCAGUGAGCUUAGCUUCUGUAUUCCUACUGCCGCCCAGAAGAGGGGCAGGGCUCCGCAGCCCCCCGGACAGAUGAGCACCCCAUGCCUAUACCUCCCUCCCUCAGCUAAGUCCCAGGGCAUCUAGGCCCUACCUGGACACUGAGCUAGCUGUACAGGCUGAGAGAGCCUGGGGAGGGUGCCAACCCCACCUCUAGUAUUUUGGGAGAUAGGGAAAGUGAACAGACUUCCCCUUCCCAUACCCCUCAGGGUGGUUCCCUGCCAGCCAGGCUUGCUCCUUUUGGAAGAGGGCAGGGAGUGAGAUGCACUCCGGGCUCAGAAGUAAGGGAUGUGAGACUUGCUCAGUGUUUUGCUCUUAGUCCGAGGAGAGCCAGGAGAGAGAGGCUCCAGGACUCCGAGCCUCGUGCCCAGUGUGCUCAGAAGGUGGCUAGAUCUUCCCGCUCCAGCAAUGCCUAAACUCUCAAGGGUCUGUGGAGCACCAUCUCUGUUGAUGGCACCAGCUUGGUAACCAAUGUUUCCUUUGUGAAACAUUACCUUGGGAGCCGACCAUUCAUUUGGGAAAAGGCAAGCUGUGCAUUGCAAAGAUUGAGGGUGACAGACUGGUUCCCCAUAGACCCAGGCUACCCUUCACCCAUUUUUCCAGAGCGAGGGCCUGGAAUGAAGGCAGUUUCCCCUCUGUCCCUAGAGCCUAGAGAUGUGCUUUGGCUCUUUAAGGUGGAAGAGGCUAAGGGCAACUGCGCAGAGCAGCUGUGCGUGUGUGUGUGUGUGUGUGUGUACAAUCGGGGUCCUCUCAGGCUUUCUGGUCUCUUCCGUUGCACCGCGCCUUAUCCCUCAGCCAGCCAGAUAGCCUCCCACUCAGCGGAUGAGUUUGGGAGUGGGUGAAAGGACUUUUUGUGAUUAGGGCAGCUUGGGGUGGCCAAGGUGACAAGGUCAGUUUUGCAGGCUCACUCCAUCUUUGGUUCACCUGCCUUUCAGCCUUGCCCUGUGGGAGUGUAGGCCAGGCCCAGCAAGCCGUGUCCCACUGCAUCUCCUGCUGAGGAGGAAGGGCCAGCUGCCGUUGGAAUCCGCAGCUAGCCCAGAGCACAGCCUUGUGACCGUGAGCAGCCGGGAACUUGUGCGUGCGCAGAGCUGGGACGGAGCUUCUUCGGUCAUGAGGAAGCCACAGGCUGUUGGGUUGUGCCCACAGGCUGUUGUGAGGGGGUGACCCCCAGGAGUGGGCAAGGAAGAAGGUCGGCUGCUGCCUAUAGCUCCACUGCCCUGACCAAGUUUCCUCCUUCUAGAUGCAGUGUCCAGCCCUCGCGUAAUAGUGGUUUCUGGCCCGAGAUGAGACUGUCCUUUCAGUUGGAGAAGGGCACAGAGGUAGGCCAGGUGGCCCGGCCAGGAGUACUGGUUGCUCAGCCAUCGGGACCACCUGCUCUUGCCCCCCUCUCCCCUAGCGGGAACCGAAAGAAAGGUCAGCUGAUGGUGUCUGUGGAUUGAGGAUGUAGUAGGGACUGGUGCUCCCACCUCCCUCUGGCCAAAGAUGGGGCUUUGCCCGCUCUGUGCCUGCCACCACCCCCCAGCAGUUGUACCCUUGGCUUCCCAGAUGGAGAGGUGGCAGGAAAUUUUUAAAAAAGAAAGAAAUGAAAACAAGGAACUGUAUUGUGUUGGGGGGAGGCGGGAGGGGAGAUGGGAGAAUGGUUUGGAUUUUGUGUGGGGGGGGUUUUUUUGUUUGUUUGUUGAUUUUUUUUUUCUUUUUUUUUGGUAGUUGUCUGUAACUUUCCUUAAGUGCGCCUUUUUUUUUUUUUUUUUUUUUUUAAAGUAAGCUGCAGGCUUUGGCUUGGAAAACCCCAGGAGGGUGGGGGUGGGGGGCAGAAACCUGAGGCUGCUGCCCCUUUAUCUGCCUUCAUGGUACUGUCCCCUUCCCCCAGCUCCUCCUUGACCCCAUGAGCCAGGCCUCAGACCUUCCAGCUAACCGCUUCCCAUGAGCCACUACUCUGAUGUCAGCCUAUAACCAAAGGAGCUGGGGGUCCAGGCCUGGUGACCAACCCUUCUCAGCCCACUCAGUCAGGGUGCUCCCCACCUGCAGGCAGGAGGCAACACCCUAUCUGCUACCAUCAGCCCCUUCCAGAGCCCACUGCCCCGCCCUGCCCUGUCCAGCCCAGCCAAACCCUGCUCUGCCCCAUGUGGGUAUGCUCUGCUCAGGGAUGGGCCGGCAGGGCUGCCCCAGCCUCCCUGGUAAGCAGAGACUCUGGAAACCUCUGGGGUCCUGUUUUCUGGUCGUGUGAUCCAGGGGUGCACAUGGGCCCCUUGGGUGUCUGAACAGAAGGGCAUGGGAGGGAGGGCCGCACCCCUGCAGUCCUGCUCUGCUGGUCUAGCGGGCAGCUGCCAACCCCACCCCACCCCACCCCGCACCGCGGGCUCCUGAGUCGGCAGAUUAAGCAUUUUAUAAAUUGUAUUUUAAAUACAUGUUUUAAACUUGUCAGUGCCUUGUCCUCAUUUCAGUCCCUGGCCUCCUAACCUCUUGCUGUGCCUGCUUGUUUAACCACUGGGGGAGCUACCUUUGUUAGAGAAAUAGGUCUGGGGUGGUGUGUGGGUUGGGGGGCGGCAAAGACCCACACACCCUGAGGUUCCAGGAGAAGGGCCCCCAUGGGUCCUGGGGCUCUCUUGGUGAGAGCAUGGCUGAGACCCCUCCUGCCCUUCUGCAGGGUCUGUCUAUCCCUUUUAGGGUCCAGAAUCUUUCCCACCAUUCCCUUCGAGCAAGUGGGGAGAGAUGGUCUCUGCCUUUGGGGGGAGACACUUAUCUGAAGAGAGUCCCAGCUCUGUGCUUUGAGAGUGCAUAGAAGGUCAAAACUUGGCACCCAGGGUCCCUCUAGCAGGAUCCCCAACCCCGGCAGGGUUUCAAGGUGUGUCUUGCCUAAGGGUUUCCUAAGCCUGAGGGAGGCUGGGGCCCUGCACUCUGAGAGCCAAGUGGAAGGGUGAAAACCUGGGGGCCUCCCCUGGCACCAGACACAGAGGCCAAGGUUCUUGGUGUUUAUUGGCUUACCAGGCCACAAAAGCAAAAUCCAGCAGCGAUACCUGCCUAAUGACCUGUCCACCUGCAGGUCGUGAACAGCUGCUCAGAGUCGGGACUCCAGAGGUCAGUGGGUUCGAGCCGGCACAGAGCUGAGCCACUUUCUGCUCUCAGAGCCGUGUUCCCUAGGGAGAGAGGUGAGGAGAAGGGUGGGAGGAAAGGAGCCAUUCCCAGGUGCCCCAGGGGAGAGGCGGCUUCCCUGGGAAGCAAUGGAGCCAAGUAGUUGGGCUCAGGGGCCUGAUUGCAAGUCCUGAGUUCUUUUGCCCCCAAAGCGCCUGGAAGAGGACUGGCAGGGGAAGCUUCCCUCCAUCCAGCAGUCAAGCCUGUUUCCUACCGCUCCUACAUGGAGUCAGACUCGGGCAAAGGACUUGCGAGCUAACCCCCUACGUGGUGGUACCAGCCUGAGAGAAAGACGGUAUGUGCCACUGAGUCUGGGCACAGCAAGGCGGAAGUGCCCUGACUUAAGCACAGUCGGUGUAGCACGUGGGCCCUCAGUAAAGCUUAGCUCCUUACUGCUUCCGUCUUUUCCCCCUUGUCCCCCUUUUCCUCCCUGGAGCAGCAGUAUCCUGGGCAUCAUCUGCUGGAAGGAUGGAUUCCCCUUGGGCUAGGCCAGGGCCUUGUGAAAAGAGGUGGGAUGGGCCUGGGCUGGAGCUCCUGCCUUCUGGGCAGCCACCUGCUUCCUUGAGAUCCUGACUGGAAGAGUAGGCUCCGGAUGUCAGGGCCCAGGCUGGUGGGGGUGCACGGGUCCAGCACGCAGUGGCUACCCUGCUUCUGACGGGUCAUCUUCUUGUCCAGCCGAGGGCAGAACGGGACACAGGGCACCUGGGCGUAGGGGCUCUGCAGGUUGGCAUCUGGCAAGGGAGGAAGGAGGAGGCAGGAGCGGGGAGUGCCUCAGAGCAAGCCCAGCCUUGGGAGGCAGGCAGACCCAGCUGAAAUCCCAGCUUUGCCACAUCCUGAGCUGGGUGGGUUUGGGCAAAUCGGUUAACCUCUCUGAGCCUCUGUGUAAGCUGGGGCUGAGUACCCACCUCACAGAGCUGACGAUGAGGAUUAAAGGGAUAAUACAUGCACAGCAUGUCACUGAACACCAAGCACAGUGUAAGGGCUCGUAACAGCUUACACAGGAACACGUAUCUUUGUGAUGGGUCCUGGCAGUCUGGUAGGCACACUAGAGAGACUCUGGAAAGCUCCUAGCCUAUCACUUGGCACACAGUAGGACUCCUAGUUUAAUCAGUGGCAACUGCUCUUACAGGGAGGCAGCCUUGCCCAGUGAAAGCACAGGUUUUGGAGUCAGACCUGGGUAUAAACUGCCCUUUCUUGACAGGUUAGCUGUGGGGCCCUGGGCCUUGGGCUUACACUUGCUCAGUUUCACUGUUGUCAUCUGUAACAUGGGGUAAAUAUGUGAUCGUAAGCACUAAAUUCUAGCACGUCUACAAAGGGCCUAGCAUGGGGAGUGACCCCAGUGGGUGUUCAGUAAAUGCGGAGCUGCGAUUGCUAAUCGCCCUCCCUGCUCAGUGGAGGCUCUCGGGACCAACGUGUGCUCAGGGCUGAGCCCCAGGGAAGAGUGCAGAAGGCCCUUGUCAGAGGGCUAGAGGUGGGGUGGUGAUUUUCAGACCAUUGACUGAUGCACACAGUUAAGCCCAAAGUGGGAAAUCAUGUCUCUCAGCUCCUGGGUCUGGGGCCCAGGGAAAGAGGCCAGGGGGGCAGGAGAGCAGAGUGCUCGCCGUGCCCAAGGCCCUCACCAUAGUUCUGCUGCUUCAGCCGGCUCAGGAUCCUGAGGACCCUUCGUUCUGGGACUUCCAAGUCUGACUGCUGGGGGUUGUAGGGAAGCUUCUUCCGGGACCGCAGCCGGCUUAUGGCCAACUCCAUCUCUCGGGCCUUACAGGUGCCUUCCUUCAGCUUCUUCUGGUAAUAGCUGGGGAGGCAGUGCCCGCCCAGCUCAGCCUGGCUGUGUUUAAUUCACCUCCCCUCCCCCCUCCCUCUUUCUGAGCCCCUGUUCUGUCUGGCCAGCUCUGGGACAGGGACACAAGCCCAGGAGUUAGGAGACCUGGGUUUUAGUCCCAGCUCUGCCAUUAACUCCCUGUCACUGCCUUGUGUUGGACUCCAGUCACCCCGACCCUAUCUCUGCAAGUCACAUGACUUCUCUGGGCUUCAGGUUUCUGCUGGGUAAAAUGGAUCAAACAGUCUUUACGUUCUAGGAUUAAAUAACAAGGCCCAUCAAGCACUCAGCAACGUGGCCCAUGGAAAGCCUGGUCAGUGUCCCCUAUGCUUUCCGUCACUGAUACUUUACUUAGAUGUACAAGUGCUCGGUAAGACAGCUGUGCGAUUAACCUGCUCAUCUUCCAGAUUUGAGUUUUAUUUUCUUGACUCACGGCGACUUGCCUGCCCACUAGACUGCGGCUCUGCUCAUGCAUUCAGCAGAUACUCAGUGGGUGUUUACUGCAGGCCGGCCAUGCAUCUAGGUGCUUGGGAAAGCAGUGCAGGAGAUCUCCAUAGAAGGCCCCUGCCUCCUAGUGUCCCAGCCCCUCUCUCACUCCGGCCACUGCCACAGUGACCACUUCCACACGGACUUGGAACAGCCUUGCACAGGGACAGUCUGAGGUGGCCUCACCUCAGAAGCUGCCUUCCUGGAGCUUCUCUGAAACCACGGUGGGGGCCACCCUUGACCAAAGGAGCUAGCAGCUGAGGUAUACAGGUUUCUCUUUCUUCUCCUGACAGAAUUCUGAACCACUAUCCCUAGUCUCCUCAGAAGAUCCUGGGGGUGGUUGACUCAACACAUGCUUGUAUUGGCCCUCCUCUGUUCACAUUCCUUCUCUCGCUCCUCCCUGGAAUCCCUUUCUAAAUUGACCACCUAGGCAUGCACCUAGAGGGAGAGUCAGACCAUGAACAAAUAAAUACAAUACCAUGUCGAUAGUGGUGGGUGUAAUGGGGGCAAGUAAGAGCUGGAUAGUGGGUAGUGAUGAGGGGCUAUUUAGCUCACAGGGGUCAGCAAAAGUCUCAGAGGUGGUGACAUUUGAGCAGAAUGAGGGGAGGGAGCAAGUCAAAUGGGUAUCUCUGGAGGAAAAGUCAGGCAGAGGGAAUGGCAUGUGGAAAGGAGGUGGGAAAGAGCUCAGUGAGCUGUAGGAAUGGCAAGGAGGCCAAAGGGGCUAGAGCCUGGUAUGUGAGGAAGAGUGGGAGAUGUGGGCAGCAAGAUGGCAGAGCCAGACCACCCAGGGCUUUGAGGCAGUGGUGAGGGGUGGGCAUGCUACUCGGUGCUGGGAAACACUUAAGGCUUAAGUUGCUGGUUCUGUCACGGUCUCUGCCUGUCUCUCGGACCUGGAAUUUGGGGGUUUGAUGAGCUUCACACAUAGAACACAGAAAAUGGAUAACAGAGCCCUUACAUGGAAGUUGGAUCUAGACCUCUGUGUAAAACUAGGAAACGAAAAGGCAACAUGUUGAGUAAAAAAGAUGGCCAAGAAAUAACUUCACUCCACAAGGGCCAAAAGGACAUGAGCAAAAUGUGUGCAACUUUCUCGGUCACAGUUUUAAAGGACAUUGCUUGCUCUCCACUUCCUCUCUCCCCUUUCCGUGGGCUUAAAUUCAGAUGUGUUGCUGGUAAAUUGGUUUAGGAUUGACCUAGGGAAUGGUGCGACAAUAAGUUAGAAAGAAACAAUAAGUUGUGUGCUGGGCAGCCUCGUCUUCCUGCCUGCUUCUUCUGGACUGUCAAUAUAAGAGAGAAAUAAACUAUCUUGUUUGAACUGUA